CAAAUUUGGUUGAGCCCAGCGCACCAGCAGAACCAAGAUGGCUGACUGAGAAGCGACGCGCUGAAGUUCACUUUUAACUCCUAAUGCUGAAGCUCGCCAUCCUACACUGCUCGGUUUGGAUUGCCGUAUGUUGAGAACAGACACUGGGGUCCUCCAGACCAGGAUCAGAAGGUUUUCAUGUCCACAGCGUUUUCCAGGUGUCUUUUUCUGGGAUGUCCUGUCAAGGUGGCCUGAAGGGGUUCAACCCCGAAGAACAGACUACCACCCCUAACACUCCCACUGCUGAGAGACGACAGAGACAUCUACAGAUGGACACAUCCUUAUGUAGAGACCCCUGCACAGCUGCUUGAGAAACAGAACAGACCAAGCAGCAGGCAGCUGAGGCUGAACGUCGGGCCUUAUAGCUAGGACCCAUCUGGUCUUCAGACAGAAAUCACUUGUGCUGCUCUUACCUGUUGUUGAACCAACUUCCAUUUCUUACUUUGCAAUCUCCUGAUAACCAUCUUUCCAAUCAGUUAAAUAAUCAUCUAUCUUUCCCUUCUUCCCAUCUUUCUCUCAAUUAGCUGAAAGUGUUUUUGCACUGCAGAGCUAGAAGCAGACAGCAGGUAAUGGAUUAUGCUGGCCAUGGUGACCUAGUGUAAAUGGCUAUUCUUCAGCACAGCUCAGUGCCAGUAUCAACUGCUCGAUCUUCCUCCUCCACUCCCCUCUCCUCUCCCCCUUCCUCCACCUCUCUGCUCUCCUGCCCUGUUCAUUGGUGCUGCUUGCUUGCCAGUGCUGCCUCUACCCUCCAACACCAUGGUGGGUGCAGGCCUCGGUGUUUGGAAGCUAAUGAGAGGUAUACGCCAGCUGGAGCUUCACCGCCUCAUCCUGGCACUCAUCAUCUUCUGUUUGCUGUCCAUGGCCUUCCUAGCUUACUAUGUCUCCAACAGCCCCAAAAUCAAGGAGGCCCCUCCUUUACCCUUCAGUGACUGUGGUGGAGGAGGGGGCAUGUCACCAGGAGUGAGCACUGGGGCUGCUGGUAAAGGGCCAGGUGGCCAGAGGGCACCUCUUUUCCUUCCCCCACGCCAGGGACGACUAAGACACGUGAAGGCGAUGGACAGCUCCAGGACAGAGCCUGUGAUUCUGGUGUUUGUAGAGAGUAUCUACUCUCAGCUGGGCCAGGAGAUUGUAGCCAUAUUAGAGUCAAGUCGCUUCCACUACCGGACAGAGAUAGCUCCAGGUAAAGGUGAUAUGCCCACACUGACAGAGCGUAACCGUGGACGCUACACAUUAAUCAUUUAUGAAAAUGUGUUAAAAUAUGUCAAUCUGGAUGCAUGGAACCGUGACUUGCUGGACAAGUACUGUGCUGAAUAUGGAGUAGGUGUCAUUGGCUUCUUCAAAGCUAAUGAAAACUCACUUCUCAGUGCACAGCUCAAAGGAUUCCCUCUCUUUCUACACUCACACCUGGGACUCAGGGACUACCGCAUCAACCCCAAUGCUCCUCUACUCUACAUCACCAAGCCCAAUCAAGUGGAGCAGGGCUCUCUACCAGGGGAUGAUUGGACCAUUUUCCAAUCUAACCACUCUACCUAUGAACCAGUGCUUCUGGCCAGCACAAAGUCCUCUGACGUACUGGUACAUUUUGGACCCAGCCCUUUACGGGCCCUCCAUGCCACAGUGGUCCAGGACUUGGGGCUUCACGACGGCAUUCAGCGAGUUCUCUUUGGAAAUAAUCUCAACUAUUGGCUUCACAAACUGGUGUUUGUAGACGCCAUUGCCUACCUGACAGGAAAGAGAUUGUGUUUGUCCUUGGACCGUCAUAUUCUGGUGGACGUGGACGAUAUAUUUGUUGGCAAGGAGGGAACCCGUAUGAAGGUGUCCGAUGUGGAGGCAUUGCUCAACACUCAAAACAAGUUGAGAGCACUGGUCCCUAAUUUCACAUUCAACCUGGGAUUUUCUGGAAAGUUCUAUCACACAGGCACUGAUGAGGAGGAUCAGGGAGAUGACAUGCUGCUGCAACACAGGAUGGACUUCUGGUGGUUUCCUCACAUGUGGAGCCACAUGCAGCCUCACCUCUUUCACAACGUCAGUGUGCUGGCUGAACAGAUGAGGCUCAACAAGAUUUUUGCUCAGGAGCAUGGCAUCCCAACAGAUAUGGGCUAUGCAGUAGCUCCACACCACUCUGGGGUUUACCCGGUUCACACUCAGCUCUAUGAGGCCUGGAAGUCUGUGUGGGGAAUCAAGGUGACCAGCACUGAGGAAUACCCCCAUCUGAGGCCAGCUCGAUACCGCCGUGGCUUCAUCCACAAUGGGAUCCAGGUGUUACCCAGGCAGACGUGCGGUCUGUUUACCCAUACCAUUUUCUAUAAUGAAUACCCAGGAGGUUCAAAGGAGCUGGACAAGAGCAUCAGAGGAGGAGAGCUUUUCCUCACUGUCCUCCUAAAUCCUGUCAGCAUCUUCAUGACCCACCUGUCUAACUAUGGCAAUGAUCGUCUGGGUCUGUACACCUUUGAGUCUUUGGUGAAGUUUGUUCAGUGCUGGACCAACCUCAGGCUGCAGACAUUACCCCUCCAACUCGCCGAGAAAUACUUCCAGAUCUUCCCAGAGGAGAGAGACCCACUCUGGCAGAACCCUUGUCAUGACAAGAGACACAAAGAUAUCUGGUCUAAAGAAAAGACCUGUGACAGACUCCCCCGGUUCCUCAUCAUUGGACCACAAAAAACAGGCACUACAGCGCUUCAUUCAUUCCUGAGCCUCCACCCAGCAAUCACCAGCUCCUUCCCGAGUCCCACCACCUUCGAGGAGAUCCAGUUCUUCAGUGGCGCUAACUAUGACAAUGGGAUCGACUGGUACAUGGACUUCUUCCCAUUCCCUUCCAAUGUCAGCACAGACUUCAUGUUUGAAAAGAGUGCCAACUACUUUGACACGGAGGCGGCACCUAAAAGAGCUGCUGCUCUGCUACCCAGAGCCAAAAUCCUAGCAGUGCUCAUCAACCCGUCAGACAGAGCUUACUCCUGGUACCAGCAUCAGAGGGCCCACCAGGAUCCUGCAGCCCUCAACAACACUUUCCAUGAUGUGGUGACGGCCGGCCCCUCAGCCCCCAGAGACCUGCUGGCCCUUCAGAGACGCUGCCUUAAUCCUGGGGUUUAUGCUGCCCACCUCGAACGCUGGCUGCAACACUACCAGCCCAGCCAGCUGCACAUUGUGGACGGGGCCCUGCUGCGGUCCAACCCAGCGCUGGCAAUGGAAGGAAUCCAGAGAUUUCUUGGAGUCACGCCCAUCUUCAACUACACCCAGGCUCUAAUGUACGAUGAGAGCAAAGGCUUCUGGUGUCAGCGAGUGGAGGGAGGUCGAGCCAAAUGUCUGGGGAAGAGUAAAGGCAGGAGGUAUCCAGACAUGAGCUCUGAGAUUCGUUCUUUUCUGGCAGAGUAUUACCGUGAGCACAACAUGGAGCUGCUGCGUUUGCUGAAUCGGUUGGGCCAACCACUGCCGUCCUGGCUCCGCCAAGAACUUCAGAGUACCAGCUGGAGCUGAGGACACUUUGCUCACACAAACACAGGCAGACACUACACAGAACAGCUGGACCGGAGUCUGGGAUUGAGCCUUUUAGCUCCGGAUUAGACUGGACUACCUGAUCUGGAAUCAACAGCAGCACGCACUGAAAGAGCUACGAGGUUUUAGCUGAUCCUACCAGUGCUCCUGUUCCAUGGAAAAAAGAAGACUGUGCAACAUGAGAUCUCUGUUAAAGUGUUGGUCGCUGUUUGGAAAGAUCAAUGAAUUCAAUCCUCCCAAUCUGUUGCCAUCCUCUCACAAGCACCGGGCAGCCUGUGUGCUGGCGGUCAGUGUGCUGGAUGAGGCUCUCACCGAACACAUCAGCUGUGGAUCUAGUGGACUAGCAGGUUUGGGGCAUAAAGGACAGGUCAGACAGCCUUAAUAUGAGGAUAGAAGUCCACAGAGUGUGACUCUGUGGAUAUGGAGUGUGUCACUGGAUACAGGACUAACAUGCACAGAUACGGACGCACACGUCUCCACAUUCCCUACAAGUAUGAUUGUAAAGCAGUCCAGUUUUAAAAGGGUUGUAUAUGUUCGGUCAGGAGGCAGAAGACAGACAGAGCAGGCAGAACACAGUAUAGCCCACGUCCUCAUCCGGUUUUCAUCGUUAGACGUACAUGAACCUGCAGGUUCCACUGAAUGCUCAGUUUUCCAGUCUGUAGACUUUACAGACAGACAUUUUCAAAAUGGAUUGAACUAACCAUGAUGGGUUAAUGUGAAGAUCAAGUGCUUAGAUUUGGCACAUGACUAAAACACAGAUGUGGUCCAGGCUGUGCCACUGAAAUCCUGUCAGUGAUUACAUUUACUUUAUUUACAUAGGAAAAGAUGGUUUUUGACUGAUGACAGACUGUAACUAAGGUGUCCUUACAUUCUCCAGCUUUGUUUUAAAUUUUCAGAUGACCAUGCUUUUAGCCUAUACAGUAUAUAUGAAUAUAUAUUUUUAUCUGUUUGAGUUGAUACAAAUGACAUUGUAGUGUACUUGGACCACAACAUGAAAGUUCAGGUUUUCCUUCAGCUCUUCAUAGUAUCAUGGGUGUGAUCAGCUCCAUUGAGCAUUCAGUGUGGAGGUAAAACAGCGUUAUUUUGUUCUCUGGUUUCAUGAAACCACUGCCUUUCAUCAUGCAUCCACUGAUUGUGUAUACCAAGCUGAAGGGGCAAGAUUAAUGCUGAAAUGUUGAUGUCUCCAAGAGAAUCCUGUUUUGUAAUGAGGACCGUUGUAUCAGAUGAAACUGAUCCAGUGAGUCUUUGCUAACGGGGUUUUCUGGUCAUGUGGGAUUGCACUUCUGCAGUGUUGGAAGAUUCACAGGAAAGAGAUUUUAUAAAGUUGUCCAAAUUGAAGCAGCAGCAGCCUUAUUGCCUGGUAAACAGUCACAUCUUUUAGUCUUUGUCUCCAGUUUAUAACUCAGGUUUUCUCUUUUGUGUCCAAGCUGAAAUAACUCCUCAGAACAGGACAUGUUGACUGACUUUCACUCAAAUGCAGACAGUAGGAAAAGUAUCACUUUUGGGCUAUAAAGUGCUUUUUAUUUAUUUUUGUCAUCAUUCAAAAAUACCAUUUUAAUAUUGUUGAAUAGUUUGCACUGAUCCUGACAUGGUGUGGUCAUGAGGCAUGGCCCUGGACCACAGCUAUUAAAACCUAGUGUGGCUUUUUGGGUGCUUGACUGUGAGAGGAAGACGAGCACCGCAGCCAGUAGGAAUGCUACAUCCUGAGAAAAAAAAAAAAAGAUAAAAAAGCCUGUCAUUUGUCAAGUAUCGUCUGAAAGCCAACACACAUUUCUAAACCCACUUUAUUCCCUCUCACACUUGUGUUGACAUCUGAGGAUAGAACCCACAAAUGUCACGGGACAAGAAAGCAGACGUCAGAGCCAAAACACAGACCAAUCAGAAGCUGCUGUCUUGUUGUUUUCUGUUUGUUUUGUAUAACUGUCAAAAGGCCAACACUGUAUUAUCGCUAAUAAACACAUAAAGAGGUUGGAAUGA